CAACAGCUUUCACAAUAACGCAACAUGCCUCCUCGAGUUUCAAGGAGUUCGUUGAAAGGGGCAAGACCCUCAAAACCCCAAUCUAAUCCACGUAAACCCAAGAAAUCCGCCAAACGCGCACUUGAUGCCUUCGCCAUCGCCUCGCACGAAACCAGCGACUACCCGAAGAUAAGCAAGCAUCGACUUGGAGAAUCUGACGUCUCCUCACGUAGAAAACGACAGCGCAAUGACAGCGACGGCGAAUCAGGUGAAGACGAUGAAGAACCCAAGAGGAGACGGCAGAGGAAGGGCGGUGACGAUGAGAUGAGUUUCGAUGAAGACAGCGACUCUGAAGGCAAUAAUUGGACCAUGGGCCAUGUUGAAGAUGAUGACGAUAGCGAUAUCGACAGUGACGAGGCUUUUGGAGAGAGCGACGAGGAGAGAUUCGAUGGCUGGACAUUUCGAGGAAGUUCUACCACCAAGAAACAGGACCCAAAGAAAGGAAAAGCAAAGAAGCAAGUUAAAGCGGCUGAAGACUUCGACAUGGAUGGGGAUUUUGAUUUAAAUGAAGAUGAUAGUGAAGAGGAGGAAGACGAGGACGAGGAUGACCUGGGUGAGGAUGCCAUUGAUCUGGCCACGGCCCUAGAUCAGUAUGAGGAAAGUGAUAACGAACAGGACAAGAAGAAGAAGAAACCAAAAGAACGAUCUGUCGAGGAAAAUGGUGAUUUCCUAAGCGAAGAUGACGAAAGCUCGGAUUCUUCUUCAGAGGAUGAGGAUGAGAUCAGUAGGGCCUCAAAGCUCCAGAACCUCAUAUCAUCACUUCCCGAGGAAGAAGAAUCUACUACUGGAACUCGCAAAAAUCAACGUGCCGCACUCGAAUCGGCUGCUCCUUCCGAAUUCGCAGUCACCAGGAAGGUCGAUCUUGCAAGCUUCAAGCCCAAAGUGUCCGACCCCGAGAAGAAAAAGUCCUUGAAGCUAUUGCAGGAUGAUGUGAAGUCUUCAAAACGAAACGAUAUUGCACGGAAGCUAGAUGCCCCUUUGCCGAAACGUCAACAAGACAAGAUUGAUCGGAUAGCGGCCAACGAGAAGGCAAACGACACACUGGCACGAUGGACGGACACUGUCAAGCAAAACCGCCGCGCAGAACACCUUCAAUUCCCUCUCCAACAUCCUAAUGCCGGAUCGGCAUUUGGCGAGACUCGCCUUGUACCAACAACGUCAUCGGCUCCGGCGAAUGACCUCGAAGGAACCAUUCAGUCAAUUCUACAACAGAGCGGUCUAUCUAAUGGCAAAGAUGACGGCGAAGAUCAGAUUCAAAAGUGGGAGGAAUUGCAGACAAACAAGUUGCCCUUAGAAGAGGUGGAAAAGAGAAGAGCAGAGCUCCGCAGGCAACGCGAUCUCCUCUUCCGUGAGGAGGUUCGUGCGAAGCGGAUCAAGAAGAUUAAGAGCAAAGCUUAUCGCCGCGUGCACAGGAAAGAACGCGAGAGGUUAUUGCAGAAGGAGAGGGAUGCCCUCAAAGCAGACGGUGUCGAUAUUUCUGAAGAUGAAAGGGAAUACAACGAUCGACGAAGGGCAGAGGAGAGAAUGGGCGCUAAACAUCGUGAGAGCAAGUGGGCCAAGGGUAUCAAGGCCAGCGGACGAUCCGUUUGGGACGAAGACGCCCGCGAUGGCGUUACGGAAAUGGCGCGACGAAAUGAGGAGCUUCGCCGCCGUAUUGAGGGCAAGGAGGUCCGAGAUGAAGAUGAGGACCAUUCUGACUUUUCUGAUGAGGAAGAGGAGGAUGACGAUGACGAAGAUGGCGCUCUGCAGAAGUCACUCGGUCGCCUGCAAAAUCCUUUCUCCACAAAUGCCGAUCUCUCCCACCUGGGGAAGAUUGGUCAGAUGAAGUUCAUGCAAAACGCCGAAGCUGCAAGGAAAGCACAGAAUGACGAGACAGUCAGACAAAUGAAGAAAGAACUAGCCGGUGAGGAGAGUGACAGCGACGAAGGCGACGAAAACACAGCACGCAUUGGUCGAAUGAAGUACGGCCCUGGUGCCAAGCCUGCCAUUACGACCCGUGCUACUCGUAGUGAAUUCGAGGAACGUUCUGGUUCGGAAGACGAAGGAGAUAGCAAGAGCCGCAAGGCAUUGAAGUCAUCCGGCUUUAUCCCAGCGGGUUCAACUGAACGGUCAGAGAACCCGUUCAUCACCAAGGCUCCAAAAGAAAGCGCGAAGCCCAGCAAAGCAACGGAGGCUUUAUUGGAUGCCCACAACGCCAUCUCCACGUCGCACGAGAAGCAGUCAGCCAAAGCCAAAGCCAAAGCAGGAAAGAAAUCUAAGAGCAAGUCGAGUGACGACGAGCUGCCCCCGGCGAUUGUCAGUGCGCCCGAUGCCGAUGGAUGGCAAACGGUUACAUACGGCAACGACUCUGAUGGAGACUCGGACGAAGGAGUUGAUCUAGAUUUUGUUCAGAGUAACCAAGCCCUCACAGCUCAAGCAUUCGCAGGAGACCAGGAUGUGGAGGCAGAUUUCGCAAAGGAGAAGAAGGCUCAAGUCGACGAAGAAGCGCCACAGGAGACGGUCACGACUCUUCCCGGAUGGGGUAGCUGGACUGGCGAAGGUCUCUCCAAACGUGCCAACAAACGGGGACAAAAGACCGUAACUCGCAAGUCCGGAGUAGAUCCAUCCAAACGUAAAGACGCCAAGCUCGGGGAUAGAGUCAUUAUCAACCAGAAGAAAGUCAAGGCAAACAGCAAGUUCCUUGCAACCUCAUUGCCUUUCCCCUUCGAGUCCAAGGAACAAUACGAGAGGAGUCUUAGGUUGCCUCAAGGUCCAGAAUGGACGACCAAACAGACUUUCCAGGAUGCCACGAAGCCCAGAGUUAUCGUCAAGCAAGGAGUUAUUCGGCCUUUGCACAAACCAAUGGUUUGAGAGGCACGAAGGGCUGCAACUAUCGUCGUUUAUUGAAAGAUUCAAGGUCUGCAUCUCAACCUGUCAACAGCUGUCAGUGCAGCCCUGAUAGUCCGAAUCGGAGUCGAAAUCUGGGGUCACACCCUUCUGUUGUACGGUGGUUUUACCGCAUCGGCAGCUCACAGUGGAAUCAAUCGGCACUCACAAGACAUGAUCACUACAGGGACGGUCAGGAUUUUAGAGAGUUUUCAUGUCUCUAAUUGAAUAGCUAAUGGAGCAAUCGGUGUAACUUUGGCGUAAAAAAAGGGAGGAUCUUGUGAUUCUAUAUUGGUCGUGUCACGGCCGCAAGAGUACAUAUAGUCACAAAUACAAAAUGACACUGUCCAUUUGUAAGGCUGUCUUUGUUUGGCACCUGUCAUGCG